AUGACAUAUGAUAUUGGUAUUUUUAUUGCUCUUAUAUUUGGUUUGAUUUUGGGACAUUUUAUUUUUGGUAUUAUUAGAAUUCGAACACGAACUCAAAUUAAUUCUUUAACAACGGAAACAACACCAUUGAUUAACACUUCACCUCAAGAUCAUUCAUUGUCUACUUCGUGUUGUCCAACUGAAAAAAAAACAAUAGGCAACAAAAUGAAUUCAUCUUUUCUAACAUUACCCGUCGAAUUAGUCUAUCGAAUAUUGGAUAAUUUUGAACGACUAGAUAUUUUUCUAUCAAUUCAAAAUGUAUGCACACGUUUUAAUAUCAUCAUUAGUACUUAUACUCAAUACGGGACAUUCACCGAACUGAAACUAGGAAGUCAGUUACUAAAUCAUAAAAAAAUUCAACUUCUCGCUCAUGCAUUGCAAAGUAAUACGGCAAUCACUUUACUCAAUCUUGAAUGCAGUUACAUUCUAGCUGAUGGGGUACAAUAUCUAGCUCAAAUGUUACAAAAUAAUUCGACUCUCACUAUGCUCAAUCUCGAAAGAAAUCAAAUAUGUGCCAAAGAACCACAAUAUCUUGCCCAGGCAUUGGAAAUACAGACACUUAUAACAUUUGAUCUUCGAAAAAACCAGAUUGAUAGUAUAGGCGCACAAUAUCUAGCUCACGCUUUACAGCGUAAUACAACACUCAUCACACUUGAUCUGCGAUCCAAUGGCAUCGGUACUGAAGGAGCACAAUAUUUGGCUUAUGCAUUUCCGAAUUUCCGAAUAACAUGGUGA